AUUUGUUUCUCACGUAAAAUGGCUACUUGGAUCAACGUAACUUCAAAAUUGGAGCAAGGUUUGAAGAUAGUGGCCCGAGUGGAUAAUAGCAAAUUUCGACUUCUUGUCAACCGUAUAUGCCAGACCCUGCAGUCGAGCAUUGGCGCAAAGGUGUUUAAUGAAGAAGAAGAAGAAAAGCUGCUAGUUUCCUUAGAUCUAACGAAAGAUGAAUUAGCUCUUUUGCUGGAUACUGUUACUUCCGUCUACAUGCAGGCUGCAUGUAGUGUUGUCAAACCAUCUGUCAUGGAAGCAUUCAUGAAGGACAGUUUUAAAUUAGAUGAAGAGAAAAUAUCCAUUUUUACAAAUGCCUGGAUGACUUAUGGGAAAGGCAUUGUAGAUAAUUUUAGACAACAAUCUAUUUUUCCUACUCAGGUGAAAGAUAUCAACUGGUGCCUAAAUGUGCAAUCAUCGUCUUCUACAAUUUCUAAAGAUGCACGACCUGUAGCAUUGCUCCAACUUGGUCUGACUGGUGAUAAGACAUCUACGUUAACAGUGGAGUUCGAUAAAAAACAAUUGACUGAGCUUUAUUAUAAUUUAGAGAAAAUUCAAACUCAAUUAGAUUCUCUUAAAUAAUAGGGUUAAUGUAACUAGUUCAAUUAAAAAAGAAUAGGUUUUAUAUUGGUGUAAAAAUAUGUUUUCAAAAACUUUUUUUACACGUUUACUGAAACACUACUAGCGUAUUAGUUAUUUUCCAAUAUUAUAUUAUAUAAUAUAUAUUUUUUUAAAUAAAUUACAGACAGAAAUGAUUUUAAAUUCAUUUAUUCGUAUGCAUGCGUGCACAUUAUAUGCAAGCACGCGCUAUUUUUCAAUAAUUCAAUAUUGAUCUUUGUUUGUCGCGCAAUAAAAAUAAAUAUUUGAUAAAUCCUACAUGAUGAAGCAACAAAAUGCAACUUCUAAAUAAAUAUGCAUUUUUACUUUUUCGAUAAAUAUUUAUAAAAAUGAUCAUACUUCGAUGAAAUAAAUGGAAAAUAAUUAUUCUCAUA